CCUUUGAAAUCCUUGGGGGAACGGUAGAAGAUAGCCGUUAAAUCUUCGUUGUAAACGGUUCGAGAUAGCCGUGGUGAAAUCUCAGAGUGAAUCCUAUUGGCAAGGGUUGUUUUCCAAACUAGUGCGGUGCUUUGACGGAGUUCAAGAGACCGGGACUUAAUGGAUUCGGAAAUCCUUGAGGAGGAGCCUCGAGUUGUAGGGGAGACUGUGUUUGAUGCUCAUAAAAGUCCCUCUCUUGAUUCUAAGGACAGGAUUGAACAUGAUGCAAAGCAAUUGCAUUCAAGCUUGCUUCUUAACACAUACAAUAGAGAGGCACCUUCUGAAAUAUCUUCUGAUCCCCAUUUUAGCAUCCUGCCCAAACCAGAUCUUUCACAAGAGGAGUUAGAAUCAAAUCAAAUUGGCGAUCUUAAUCUUGAUAAGCAGGAGCUUAGUCUUGAUUUGGGUUCUUCUUUGGUUGAAUCUGAUAAGCUGGAGGGGAACACUCCUAUAGAGGAGGCUUCCCAACGAUAUAAUAUUCAUUACCCCGCACUUCCAAGAGUGAUUUUAUCCCCAUUUGCUGCUGAAUUCAUCCCCUUAAUGCCCAACCCUUAUGCUGCUCUUUUUGAUCAUGUGGAAGGCCUCGGGAAUAAUAGCUCACUCAAGGAUGUUGAAUUUGACAAGAUUGAUGAUGGGAACAAGUUAAUUAGAAUAGAAUCUUCAAGGAGCAUCAUGAAAUCCAGCGCAUUUUCAAUUCACGUAUUUCAUCUCCUCCUCGCCGGCGCACUCUUCAUCAGCCCCUCGGCUGCCGAUGUCCCCCUAUCCCCCGCCCCAUCUCCGUGCCUGGCCGCCACAGAAAACAAUGACACGGCCGAGUUCAUCCGUACGAGCUGCCAAAUUACGCUUUACCCGGAAGUAUGCUACCACUCGCUGCUCGCGUACGCCGGGAGCGUGCAACGGGACCAUGCCAAGCUGGCUCUGGCGGCCAUCGGCGUGAGCUUGAGAGGAGCCACGCAGGCGGCGGCUCACGUGAAGAGCCUCUCAGCCUCGAGCCAGGCGGCCACUAGCGCCUCCGCCGCAACCGCAGCCCUCCGGGACUGUUUCUCCGCGUUGAGGGACACGGUGGACCAAAUGCGGGAUUCGCUGGCCCAGAUGAGGCAGCUCGGCGGUGACACGGAGGCGCUGCGGUUCCAGAUUAGCAACGUGCAGACGUGGAUGAGCGCCGCCGAGACGAACGAGGACACGUGUUUGGACGGAUUUGAGAGCGUGGCGGAUGGGCCCCUCAAAACAGACGUCUGCGACCGCGUUGGGAAAGUCGUGUGGCUCACCAGCAACGCAUUGGCUUUGGUGAAUUACUUUGCUAAUUAACCACCCGUGAUCCCCCGUCAAAAAAAAAAAGGACCAUGCUACAUUUACACCAAAAUUUGUAUCCCAUUUGUACACCGCAGUUAUGCACAAACAUUUUGAUGGUUUACACCGACACAAGUGUUGGUGCGUUAACAAAAAUUUACACAGACACAAAGUGUUGGUGCGUUAAUAAAAAUUAAUUUUAUACCGACAUAAAAUGUCGGUGCAAACCUGCGGUGUACAAAUGGGGUACACAAAUUUGGAGUACAAGUAGCUUUAUCCAAAAAAAAAACAAAAAGAAAACCCACCCGUGAUAAUAGAUUGAGUUUUUAUCG